AAAAGUAUUCCCAAAACAAAUAGUUUAAAAAUGUCAACUAAUAAAAAAUACGGAUUGAUACUACCAGAAGUCUCAAAAGUGCAACCUACAUUUAAAGCCUCACAUAAUGUCUUCGGAAACGAUUCCGAUUCUGAAGAGGAUACUAAAAAGAAGCCUAUUCUAUUACGACCAAGUGACAAUAUAAAGCGACAGACUAGAAUAGCACAGGAAAAAGCAAUUCUUGAAGAUCCCACAGUUUACCAAUAUGAUGAGAUCUAUGAUUCCAUGGUCACACAAAAGGAAAGUAAAAAUGCAAAAACUAAAGAGGAGAAAAAACCUAAAUAUAUUGAGAAUUUAUUAAAAACAGCAAACAAAAGAAAACUAGAAAAUGAGCGCAGAGUUGAAAGACAGAUUCAAAAGGAGAGAGAAAAGGAGGGAGAGGAGUUUGCUGACAAGGAAGUAUUUGUCACAUCAGCUUAUAAAAAGAAAUUAGAAGAAUUACGCUUAGAGGAAGAGAAAGAAAAACGCGAAGAGUAUUUAGAAAAAAUUGGAGAUGUAACAAAGCAACAAGAUCUAGGAGGAUUCUAUCGUCAUCUAUAUGAACAGAAAUUAGGAUCUAAACCUGACAAUGAGCCUGAUACUAAAGUAGAAGAAAAAGAUAGUGUUUUCAAGUCAAAUACCAAUAAAAAUGAGAAUUCCGAUUUAUCAAAUAAAAGAAAUUAUAGAAAGAGGAAAUCAUCCCAUGAAUUGAAAUCUGAAGGUGAAAUUGAGGACUCUGAUGAUGAAGUAAAUCGAAAUUGCCUUGACAAGAAAAAAUCUAAAAAAACGGAUGAAAAUAUCGAUGCUGACUCUGACUUUUCUAUAGAUGAGUCAAGUGAUGAAGAAUCAAAACCUAAAAUUCAGAAUAUUGAAAAGGAAUCUGAAGAUACCUUCAAAAAACCGAAAGCAAAAGAUGACAAGUCAGAUACACCUAAAGCUGUUCCUGAAGAUAUUUCUAUUUUGCCUAAAGAAAAGGAGAAAAAAGAGAAAGAAGUUAAACCUAAAAUUGAUAUAUGGAAAAAGAGAACCGUAGGUGAAGUUUUUGAACAAGCUUUACAGAGGUAUUAUCAAAGAAAAUCGGCCAGAGGUUGUUAAUUUUCUAAAUUAAAGACAAUUUAACAAAUA